CAAGGUAACGUAAACAAACACAGAGAUGCUGUGGUCGUCACUCCAGGAUCUUACAUGUACCUCUCUCUUACUCUCUUGAGUGUGACCAAUAAGACUAUUGCAGUAUGCAUAAUAUAAUACGUGCUAAAUGUCUUAUCAUAGGUGAUAGUACUGUAGGUAAAACAUCACUGAUACAGAUGUUCAUGUCAGAUGGUAACCAGUUCCCUAAAAAUUACAACAUGACUCUAGGGCUGGAUAUUGUGACAAAGAUGAUCAAUGUUCCAGACACGAACUCCAGUGUUGAGCUUUACCUUUAUGACUGCUCUGGCAAGGAGUUUUACAGAAAUCUUGUAUUAAGAAUAAGUAGCCAGCCAUCAUUGCUGUUGCUGAUGUAUGAUGUGACCUCAGAAGCCUCAUUUGCCUCUGCAGCAGAGUUUUAUGAACAGAUAAAGUUACAGGCCAAAGGAGAGGCUGUUAGGGGAGUUCUUUAUGCCAAUAAUGAUCUCACAACAAGACGUCUUAUCAGUCCCAAGGCAGGAAGGGAUCUGGCUCAGAAACUUGGGUUGGUGUACCUUGAAGGAUCAGCUAAGGAGAAGAAAGGGAUUGAAGAACCAUUCUACUUCCUAGUUAAUGAAUGGUUCAAGAUAUACACGGAUAAGACUCAAACAUUCAAACUUUUAGCUUAAGAGGAUUUAACAGGACAUAACAGUGAAAUUAAUCAUUAAUUUUUUCAGUUUCUUUAUACACAUGUCAGAGUUCAAUAAUUUAUGUCAGUGAAUCAAAUUAUUUUGUUUAUAUUAUUUAAAAUAAUUUUUAGUUAUAUUUUGGUUACAUAUAAGAGAAACCUCUCCAUGGGGAAGUGGAACAGAAUUCUUCUUCCGUAAGCCAUGCCUGUUGUAAGAGGCGACUAAAAUGCUUGGAGCAAGGGGCUAGUAACCCCUUCUCCUGUAUAUAUUACUAAAUUUAACCCUUUGACUGUUUUCGACGUAUAAAUACGUCUUACGAGCCA